UAUUGUAGGCUAUGGAGGCAUGCCAGUGUGGUGGCUGGGUCAAAGAUCUAUAUCGAUGGAGGAAACGCACUCAUGCCCUCGGAAGGAGACAGGGAGAGAGAAGGAGGGUCCAAGUCUAAUAGUUCAGCUCCUUCGAGGUGGUACAGAGGCACAAACAACAACCUCCUCGUUUUGGACGUGGGCAAAAACUUUACCAUCGAAGACCCGCGACUGUUCAAGCAGAUCCGCAAGACCGACCCAAACGUCCCGAGGGCACUCAACGAGCACGCCCUGUGGUACUCCAAGACUCUGAACAAGAUCUACCAGCUUGGCGGUUAUGCCUCUUCGAUUGGUGACAGGGGCCGGGACCCAGCCCCCCUGCCAGAAGUGCCAUCCGCCGGCAUCUGGGAGUUUGACAUAGUUUCUGAGAGGUGGACCAAGGCGGACGACGGGUUCGACAAGCGCAACACCGGCGACAAGAUCGAACGGCAAGGAUCAGCCUCUUACUGUGACGCGCCGUCACUCGGGGUGAGCUUUUCGUUUGAAGGUUACGUCCAGCAGAGGUCCGACAAGGACUAUGCCAGCUAUGCCCCGUCCACGGAUGUCAAGUACAUCAGCGGUAUGCUAGCGCUGGACACCAGCGAAGGCCUCGAGAAGCCGCGGCUGACAAACAUCUCCACGCCGAGGUCCCUGGAUGGCGACAAGACGCACUUUGGCCCGCGCAUGAACGGCGGCAUGGUGCACAUUCCAGUGGGAGACAAGGGCAUCCUGGUGCAGAUAGGCGGACACACCACCGAGGACUAUCCGCAAUAUGGACACAAGCUGUCUUCUGGAGCAAACGCCAGGAACAAAAACAUCGAUCUUUCCUUUGUCGACAUCUAUGACAUCAGCAGCGGCUUCUGGUUCCACCAGCAGACGUUUGGCAUCCCCGACAUCCCCAGCGGGCGCUCCGACUUUUGCCUGGUCGCCGUGUCGGCCCCCGACGGCUCCUCGCACAACAUCUACAUGGUAUCCGGGAUGGACAACCCCGAGGACCGCUCCACCAAGUCCGAAAUCUGGGUCCUCACCCUCCCCAGCUUCAACUGGGUGCUGAUCGAAGACAAGGCCCAGUCCAUCUACGGCCACACCUGCCACGUCGUGGGCGACAACCUCGUCGUCAUCGGCGGCAUGGAUUCGACGCGCGGCGGCGGCGGCAGGGGCGGCGAGCUGCAGGUGUGCGACGGCAGCAUGAUGGCCAGCGUCUUCUCGCUGCGCACCAACACGUACGUGGACGACUACGACGUCGCCGGCGCCACCCGCACGCCCCAGGUGCCCGUCAAGGUGGUCGAGGCCGUGGGCGGCAGCGCGACCGGCGGCGCGCACGUGAGGAGCCCCCGCAUCUGGAGCGACACGUACCUGCAGUACGUCUUCAACCCGCAGCUCAGCCGGCCCGAGUACAAGGCGGCCUACAAGAACGCCGACGGCAGCGACCCGCCGGGCGACAAGGUCGGCGGGGCCUCGCCGAUGGAGGAGCAGGGCAAGAAGCGCGCCAUCGUCGGCGUGGUGGUCGGGGCUGUGUUUGGCGGCAUGCUGCUGAUCGCCCUGGUCGCCGGCACCAUCGUUUUCCUCCGCCGUAAGAAGCGCAAGGAGCAGGAGAACAAGGAUGCCGACGACAGCGAGGGCCAGAAGCUGGACGACCUGCACCACCAGCAACAGCAGCACCACGAGGCCGAGCUGCCGGCCUACAGCAGCGACAAGAACAGGCUCGUCGAGCUGGCGGCGCCGCCACCGCCCAGCGAGGUCGAGGGCUCACCGGGCCACAUCCUGGCGGGGGACAUGUCGAGGCCGAACACGGCGCGGACGGGGUACGGCAGCGUCGACUCGGCCUUCCUCAGCCCGCAGAGCGUCGCGGUGGCACAGGACGGACUGUCUGGCACAGGAGGCGGCGACAUGGUGUCUGGCGCUGCAGAGGGAAAUCUCCAAGCCACAGUCGGUCGCGUCUUCGGUGAGGAGUAA